AUGACGAGCAGAUUUGAUAUCGAAAAAUUUGGAGUAGGUUUUGAAAAAUUAAACAAUAGAUUGACGUAUUUAUUGGAAGAAAAUAAAAGCCUUAAACAAAAGCAUGAAAAAUUUCAAGAAGAAAACGGGGACAUCUUACAUAUAAAUUCAGAAUUAAAAAAUAAACUUCAACAAGAGUCUGAUUAUCAACUAGAUUUAAAAAAGCAAUUACAAGAAUGUAAAAGGCUAGAACAACAACAUAAAGAUCUUAAUGAAAAGUUACAAAAAGAUCUCAAAGAAAAAGAUGAGCAAUUGAAAAAACUUCAACAGCAAGUUUUUAAUUUUGAAAGACAAAAUAAUGAAAUGCAACAACAACUCGUGAUAAUGUCUCAAAAUUUAGAAAAAACUCUAAAAAUGUUGGAAAUUGAAGAAGUUAAUGAGGAUGAAGCAAAAUCCCUUCCUUUGAAUGAUGAUGGAAGUAUUCAACCUGCCAACGAAUCCGAUAAUUACCCUAGAGUUAUUAUCAAAGCUCAUACAAGAAUUCUUAGAUAUACUUAUGGAAUUAGAAUAAAAAAUCAAUGGGCAAGUGUUGGUCAUACAGUUCGUGCUUUGUUUCAACCACUUUAUCAUAAUCAAACUGUUGCAAAUUUUAAUAUAUAUUAUUCUCAUCAAUAUAAUCCAAAAUAUUGUGAUGAGCCUGGUAUGGGGCUUUUAGGACAACUUUCUAUUCAGCUCCCUGUACCAUGUCAUGAACUACCUAAUUUAUUAUUAGACUUUACUUUUGGACAAGUGGAAAUUACUGUUACUCCGAAACGAAAUAAAGAGGAAGUAAUCUCUAAUAUUCCAAAUCGAAUUAAUGAUCACUCCAAUGUAAGCUUUGUCUCAACGAAUAAUAAUUUAGGACCAACACUCGCCUCCGAAAAUAAUAAUGUUGAAUCAACUUCUGCCCUUGAAAAUGAUGAUAUAGAAUUAAAUUCAAUCUCUGAAAAUUAUGAUGAAGGGGAGGACGACAAUGGAUUAUUAACUGAAGAAAUUGUUGUUAAUUCCAACACAAAGAUAAAAGUGAUUUGUGAUUUAGGAUUAUGUAAACCCGUAGAAUAUUAUAAAUCUUCUACGAAAAAUGAAGUUUAUGGUGUUUUGCCCUUCGUGGCUCCAGAAGUAUUGGAAGGGAAACCAUAUACUUCGGCAAGUGAUAUUUACAGCUUCUCUAUGAUAAUGUGGGAAUUCACGUCCGGAUUUCCCCCAUUUGAUGAUAAAGCACACGAUACAGGUUUGGAAAAUGAUGAUGUUCCUAUUAGAGAAUCUCAUCAACAAGCUUAUCAUGUAAGUCGCGUUUACGAAAAUUUUAACGUUGCACUUCAAAACGUGAGGAAAAAUGAACCGAUGAUUGAUUCUAAUGUUGAGAAGACCAUGAUGCAAAAGAUGAAAAAGUUAAGUAGAUUGGAAAGUGUUGUAAAAGGUCUUACAGCCAUACAUAACAAGAAUAUUAUUCAUCGAAAUUUUCAUAGUGGAAAUAUCCUCACGGACGGAUUCAGUUUUAGGAUAGGUAGUUUGGGAUUAAGCAAAUCUGCGUUCGAAUUAUCAGAUGAUGAUGAAGAAAUUUACGGUGUCAUCCCUUAUACUGCUCCAGAAGUUCUUCAGGGAAAACAUUAUACCAAAGCUUCAGAUAUAUAUAGUUUUGGCAUGAUCAUGUGGGAGUUGAUGACUGGCAGGGAGCCUUUUUGGGAUCAAAAUCAUGAUACUGACCUUAUUAUUGGGAUUUGUGAUGGUCUUCGUCCUCCAAUUGUCACCAACGCUCCUGAAGGUUAUGUUGAAUUAAUGCAAAGUUGUUGGAAUUCUCACAUAAAUAAAAGACCAACAAUUAUUGAUAUAGAACUAGAAAUAAAUAAAAUGAAAGAUGAUGAAUCGAUAAAUACGACCAAAAUUAAAAAAUCAUCAGAUAUUGGGCCUAUUGAUCAUGGUGUUACCUAUGAUUUAGAUGCAAAAAUAAAAUCCGAUGAAUCAUUGAGAAGUAAGCGAAUUAUUAUUGAAUAUAUCUCAAUUAAUCAUACUGAUUUAAUUAGACCCGUUAUCUAA